UAUUUCCUAUUAUAUAUACUCACUGCUAAACUUGGACGCCGCUUCUACGUACACAACGCACGCAAGAUUAUACUACUUUGUGCCUUGCUUAUAGUUUUCUUGUCUUUCUUGUCCUCCACGUUCCCUCCUUCUCCCAUUUAUCUCUAGAUGCCUGAAAACCCCCAGCAGGCUCCAGCUUCCCAAGCUCCACCCGCACCGAGGAAAGUUAGAUUCAACGUCGGUACUCAGUAUCAGGUUCUCGAUGUCGUAGGCGAGGGCGCAUAUGGUAUCGUCUGUUCAGCUGUUCACCGGCCCAGUGGCCGCAAGGUUGCCAUCAAGAAGAUCGCACCCUUUGAUCAUUCCAUGUUCUGCUUGCGGACACUCCGAGAACUAAAACUUCCUCAAAUUCCUCAAAUGAUCCAGGAGCUGAUGGAAACAGACAUGCACCGUGUUAUCCGAACCCAAGACCUCUCAGAUGACCACGCUCAAUAUUUCAUUUAUCAGACCCUGCGCGCACUCAAGGCCCUACAUUCUGCUGAUGUCAUCCACCGUGAUCUCAAACCUUCAAAUCUCCUCCUUAAUGCAAACUGUGAUCUCAAGGUCUGCGACUUUGGGCUGGCACGAUCAGUAAAGACCGCCGAACCAUCAGGCACCGAAACCGGGUUUAUGACCGAAUAUGUCGCUACACGGUGGUACCGAGCCCCUGAGAUCAUGCUGACGUUCAAGCAAUAUACUAAAGCUAUCGACGUCUGGUCUGUUGGAUGCAUCUUGGCUGAGAUGCUCUCCGGAAAGCCUUUGUUCCCCGGCAGAGACUACCACCAUCAGCUCACCUUAAUCUUGGAUGUUCUCGGCACACCAACGCUGGACGAGUUUUACGCCAUUACCACACGCAGAUCGCGCGAUUAUAUUCGAGCUCUUCCUUUCCGCAAACGCCGGCCAUUUGCGCAAAUCUUCCCCAACGCCAAUCCUUCGGCUGUAGACUUCUUGACGAAGACUCUCACAUUCGAUCCUAAGAAACGCAUAACAGUCGAAGAGGCUUUGGCUCACCCAUACCUCGAAGCAUAUCACGAUCCCGAUGACGAACCAGUUGCACCACCGCUCGACCCGGAGUUCUUUGAAUUCGAUCUGCACAAGGACGAUAUCAGCCGCGAACAGCUCAAAGAACUUCUCUACGAAGAGAUCAUAUCCUUCUGUCCCGCCCCAAUCACCUAAACACACCAUCGCUGUCCAUAAACCAGAGGAUCCAUAUGUAAUACUGUGCCGAGCGUCAAAUUGAAUUAGGGAUAGAAAUAUGUACAAAAUAUGUUCUUUGGUGCCUUUUAACUGGUAGUCGUACUGCUUUGCUAUGGACAGUACUCAUUCGAUUUUUUUGUGUAUCUCUCCACAACCAGUAGCUCAUCGCACGGAUCUUGUAAUUAUCACACUUUUUGUCGCCGCGUCACCCAAUGUUCAAUAUAUGCAAUUUGUUUGGAUGACCAGUGCCUACACACAUAGUCACUGAUAGUAACCACUCGACGGAACUUGGGGGCCUG